AUGACAACAAAUCUUGAACCUGUUCAAACAUUUAAAAUUCUUAUUAUUGGAGAUUCAGGUGUUGGAAAAAGUUCAUUAAUGGCUCGAUAUGUUCAUGGGAUUUUUCAUACUCAAUAUACCGCAACUAUUGGUGUAGAUUUUCAAAUAGCUAUUAUUAACAUUGGCGCAUAUAAAUGUAGAUUACAAAUAUGGGACACUGCUGGACAAGAACGUUUUCGUUCGAUUACAAGUAGUUAUUAUCGAGGUGUUGAUGGGAUUAUUAUUGUUUAUGACGUUACAGACAGUACAACUUUCACUCAUGUAAAAAAUCGACUUUCAGAUGUGCAAAAUUUGUGUGACACAGGUAUUCCAAAAAUUCUUGUUGGUAAUAAAGAUGAUAGUAAUAAUAAGGUAAAUAAAGUUGUGCCAACUAGUGAUGCACAUCAAUAUGCUGAACAAAAUAAUUUAUCAUUUUUCGAAAUAUCCGUUAAAGAUAAUAGAAAUAUAACUGAAGUAUUUGAUGAAAUAGCUAGACUUGCACUAAAACGACGUCUUAAUCAAUGUGAAAGUGCACAAAUGACUAAAGUUGGUAUAAGAAUUCAAGAAAAACAAAUUAUUGGUAAUGGUAUGAAACAAAGAUGUUGUACUGCAUAA